CCUGUUUUGUUUCGAAACAAACAUCAACUCCAAUCACACUUUGCACGAGCUUCAGAAAUAGACGAGAAUAUUAUAACGGCUGGUAUAAAUUAAGAUGUUUUUGGUACCUGUAGAAGGUCAAAUGGGUAAAAGUCACGUCACAAUAUUUUUACUAAGAGGCCUAGCUUCAACAACUGGUUACAAGUUUCAGAUAUGGCUACCUAGAUUAGGCCGAAUAACGAGGGACUGAAAAUACUGAGCAAAUUGCAAAAUCCUUAAGCAUGAUGAAAGAGGCUGAAUUGACCUCUGGAGGUAUCUGGUCAAUCCCUUCCCAUGAAGAUAAUGAGGAUAGUCGAAGAAAGAGAAAAUCAAAAAGCACUAUCAUUGUCUGUUCAAUAAUUUUACUUGGAGUGACUGCUGCGUUGUCAACAUGGCUGUUUGUUGUCAGGCCCAACUUCUAUCCCCAUUUGAAAAUUAUGUCAAGGGCUGUAAACGAGGCUACCUCGCUUAGGCAUCACAUUAGCAGAAGGUCAGAAGAAGUUGAUGAGAGCGAAUUUAUUGAGACUGGCGCAUCUGUACGGAGUAAGGUUGAGACAAAGAAAGCGAAGCAUGGAAAAAAGCACGAACAAGUUGCAGUCAAGCCAAAAACUAAGGACAUUUUUGACGAGGUUGGAGAGGGCAACUUUCCAUACAAAAGCAAUCGCCUUCCAAGGAGCUUGCUCCCUACCGAUUACUACAUAAAACUCGAUGUUGAUUUGAAACAAGAUUCCUAUACUGGAGAGGUUACUAUCGAUCUUAUUUGUAAAAAGAAUGCAAACUUUGUAAUAUUUCAUGGCCGGAAAAUAAGAAUAAAAGAUGUUUCUUUCGCAUCAGCUAUGCAUAGCGGUGAAAUAAAGGUGAAGAGGAUUUUGUUUUUGUCAAAAAAUGAGAUGUAUUUGGUGGAGACAACAGAAAGCUUUCAAAAAGGUAAAGAAUACGCCAUGAAAAUUGAAUUCGAAUCCGACUUCAAUCCGUGCCUUGCAGGAUUCUAUAAAAGCCAUUACCGGGCGCAGGAUGGAAGUUUUAGAACAAUUGCUACAUCCCAUUUUGAGCCAACAGAUGCACGGGCUGCGUUCCCAUCUUUGGAUGAACCGAAUUUCAAAGCAAAGUUUCAUAUAGCAAUCAAACACAGAGCCAAAUACUCCGCUUUGUCCAACAUGCCUGUCGAGAGCACAAGGGAUCUUGGGAAUGGCUGGGUGGAGGAUACAUUUCAAGAGUCGGUCAGAAUGAGCACCUACUUGGUCGCCUUCGCAGUGGUCGAUUUCAAAUACAAAGAAGCCAAGACGGAUUCUGGCAUCAAAGUACGAGUCUACGCACCAGAAGGAGACUAUGACAGGAUCGAUUACCCACUUGAAGUCGGUGCCAAGGUCAUCUCCUUUUAUGAAAAGGUUUUUGGGGCCCCUUAUCCGUUGCCAAAACUGGACCUGCUGUCAGUGCCAGACUUUUUAGCCGGUGCUAUGGAAGACUGGGGACUAGUCUCGUUCAGAAGUUCCUAUUUGAUUUACGAUAAAGAGUACGUCACGCUUGACCAGAAGAAGAUGAUAACACUUGUGAUCGCACACGAACUUGCCCACCAGUGGUUUGGCAACCUGGUAACAAUGAAAUGGUGGAAUGACAUCUGGCUUAAUGAAGGAUUCGCCAAUUAUGUUGAAAUGUUAGGAACAAAUGCAGUCAACAAAGAAUUCAAAGUUCUUGAUCUUCAAGUUCCAACUGGCUGGCAAGCGGCGAUGUCAUUAGACAGUUUACAAAAUUCUCAUCCGAUUGAUCAAGAAGUUGCCACGCCCUCAGAAAUUGAUGAGCUCUUUGAUGCAAUUUCAUACAACAAGGGAGCUGCUCUUCUAAGAAUGCUUAAAGCAUUUCUAGGAAAUGACUUUUUCAAGGGAGUAAGAGACUACAUCCAAAACCACAAGUUUGGCAACGCAGAGACCGACGACUUGUGGCGACAUCUUAAAAAGGCUGAUCACACAAAAAGCCUGAAGAUUAAAAAUAUCAUGGAUACAUGGUCAAAACAAAGCGGUUUCCCAGUUGUAACAGUGAAUAAGGAUGGCAAUGAUCUGGUCAUAUCGCAAAAGUCCAUCUUACUAGCCAAGGCAGAGAGUAAGAAAGCCAAAGCCAACGAAGAGGAAGAAGAGGAAGAAGAGGAGGAAGGAGAAAAACCAAAGGACCUUCAUUGGCACAUUCCGUUCACUUACUUUUCUGACGUUGACCCAAAGUCAAUAAAAGCCGUCUGGAUGAACAACGAAACACGCGUAAGAGUUCCAGCUCCACAAGGUUUCAAAUGGUUGAAAGGAAAUGCGAAUAACGAUGGAUACUACGUAGUCAACUACGAUGAUUCUACAUGGAGAAGCAUAGCAAGACAAUUGAAGAACAAUCAUGAAAUCAUUCCACCAGUUGACAGAGCUGGACUAAUUCACGACGCUUUCAAAUUGGCAUGUGAUGGCAUCAUCGACCCACUCAUACCUCUAAAACUUACGAAGUAUCUUAAGAAAGAAAAGCACUACCUCCCUUGGGCAAUGGCUAGAGCGAAACUUGAUUGCGUUAUUAUACAAAAUAAGAAAAUCAAGAAAUUAUACAAGAAAUACUUUUGGUAUUUAAUGUCCCAUCUGGUCGACAAAUCUAUGCUUGAUGCUAGGAAUAAGGCACCAACAGAUCCUUAUGAAGUGUUUCAAAGGUUCGACACUUUCUCAUUUGUGAUGAAGUACAACUUUAGAAAAGAUUUCAAAGAAAAGCUUGGAGAUUUGUUUCAAGAUAUCAAGAACAAUGAAACGAAUUCUGAUUUGUCGGCUGAAUUGAGAGCUUUAGCUAUGGUAUUUGGCUCAGAUCCUAAAGACGAUGAAGAUUUUGACUUUCUCUGGCAAUCAUACGUUAACGCUCCGUUAGAUGCUGAAAGAAGAUUUAUCAUGAAAGCAUUUUCAAGAGUGAAGGAUAAGAAGAAGCUUCAAAUAAUUCUGGAUUCAUCUUUGGAUCUUAAGAAGGUGAGAGUCCAAGACACUAUUCCACUAAUGAUGACACUAGUGAAGCUUGGUGGACGAAAGCAAGUGUGGGAAUUUAUUGAAAACAAUUUCGAUGGACUAGCUAAAAGAUAUGGUGGUAGAUAUCAGCUCGGUAGCUUGGUUGCAGAGGUUGCCGGAGGAUUUUACAAGAAGAAAGAUUAUGAGCGGGUUAAAAAGUUUAUAAGCACACAUAGCCUUGGUGAAAAAGGAUCAAGGACAGAGAAGCAGGUUCUCGAAAAAAUGAAGACGAAUGUAGAUAAACACAGUUCCAGUACAGCAAAAACAAAGUCAGAGAAGAUUGAAAAAUGGAUAAAGAAAGAGAUUAGGAAACUUGAAGGAAAAGUGAAUAUGAACUGGUAGUGAAAAGUAUGUUUAGAUGUUUCAAUUCAGUAAAAUAUAACAUGAGAUGGAUGGCUGUCUAAAGUGCAGUAGAUGUGAGUUUUUCUAAAAUUCUAGGACAAAAAAGUAGCAUAAAUGAUGCUAUUUUGAAUCUUUGAAUGUAGCAAGGUACUUAAAAAAUAUACAUGGACAUUAGCUUUAAGUCCAAUUUAUGCCCUUUUAACUUAUGCUCUAAUUUAAAAUACAUUUCAUAAAGUAUUAUUUUACCAAUUUUUGGCGGUACACAACUUGAAAAUGACUUUGAAAAAAGCAAACAUAUGUUACCAUUUCUAAUAUCAAUAAAAUUAUUUAUAUAUUUAAAAGUAGAAGUUUGAAGUGCAAAAAGAAAAUUCAACUUUAGAUUAAAAUAGAAGAUGCUGAAAUGGCACUAAAUGUAAAUCAUAAAAAUGUCGUACGGGGAAGUGAGGGGGAGGGAAG